UGUGGAUUAUUCAUAAUGAAAAAAGAAAUGCAAACUUCAGGAACAUGAGGGAAAUCAAGAACUAGAAUGUUUAACCACAGUUAAAAAGCAUUAUCCACAUGGGACAGAAAAUGUUUGCAUAAUUUACUCUCUGCAAGACGAGGAGGCAAUCAUCCCCUUUAAAAGGGCUUCAACAAAUUAAGACUUGAAAUGUUUCAUUAGGGGAAUGGAGUGUAUGAUCUCAUUGCCUUUGGCAGAAGUGUGUAGAGUUUUACUCAAAUUGUACUCGUAGUCUCACACCUUUUAAAAGCAGUAACUAAAACAGCCAUUUUCAAAAUGAGCAGUGGCUUGGAGACUUACCAGACAAAUGCACAGCAGUGUAUUUCCACCUCAAGUGAACCAUUUGCAGACUUUGCAUUUGACAACUGCAUUAAAACAGAAGGGGAGCACCGGGACACAGAAAGCGUUAAAAGGAGUAAAAUGAUGCAUCAGUGCACUGUUUGUUUGAAGUCGUUUAAAUUUGCAUCAAAACUUGAACGCCAUUAUCUCAUCCACACCGGGCAAAAACCUUUUGCAUGUUUUGUUUGUGGUCGAGCGUUUAGACAGCCGAUACAUUUAAAAAAGCAUCAAGAGACUCAUACAAAAGAUAAAUAUAAUAUUCAGUAUGUGGAAUUCAUGAAUGGGAAUGAAUCAAUUGAUCACCUCCAUUGUCAAACUAAUAGUGAGGAUUAUCGGUCCAAUCUUACACAUGGCAACCCUUUGCAGUUAUUUCCUAAUGUCCAGGAACUAGACCGAAGGCAGUCAGAACAGCUUGAAGUUAAUAGUAAUGUAAUCCCUAAUGAUCUGCAUGGAGUUAAUUGGAGUAGCUCCAAUGGUAUUGACGCUUCUGAUUGGUCAGAAUUGGAGAGACAGGCUACACUGAAACAAAUACUUCAAGAGCAUCAGUUUAACUCUUCUAGCGAAGGGAAAACAGUCAACAGGAGAGUUCAUCAGUGCACAGUUUGCCAAAAGUGCUUCAAUUCUCCUUAUAAACUUCAAAGACAUUUCCUUAUUCAUACGGGACAGAAACCCUUUCAGUGUUCCGAUUGUGGCAAGAGUUUCAGACAGUUGGUGCAUUUAAAACUCCAUAAACGUACCCACGAAGAACCAGGCACUUCAAUGCAUUCCUUUGAAAAUGUGGAAUUUGGAAAUCGGAACAUCUCUGCUAACUGCCAGCAGCAUCCCAAUGAUAGCAAAUCCAAUGAGUUUGAGGAUAAUUCUGGUAUGUCUCUACAGUCUUACAAACUUCAAGACCAGGAGUUCAAUAAUUCAGAGAUACCUGGAAUCAGCGACAACGCUUUUUCAGAUUCGUAUCACCUAGAAGGAUGUGUAUUCAGUAGCAGUAAAAGUUUAGACUACAAGGUGACUGAGAAAUGUCUUGAAACAGAAAAUAAAUCUGCACACAGGUCUCCUAAAGGCAAACAGAAUAUGAAACAUCAGUGCACAGUGUGUUUGAAAUGCUUUAAUUCUCCUUCCAAACUGAAUAGGCAUUCUCUUAUUCAUACUGAUCAGAGACCUUUUAAUUGUCAGGAAUGUGGGAAGACCUUUAGGCAGCUUGCACAUCUAAAAGUUCAUAAAGAGACUCACAGAAACAUUAACACCAUUGGACAUUCUAUUCAACAGGGCGCAGUUUUGGAUUCAGAUAAAAUUGAUAACCAGGAGCAAAGUCAUCAGCCCUGUGAGGUAAAUCCAGCUAUUUCUUCGCAGCCAUAUAACCCUCAAGAGCACAGACCUAAGUGCAUGUAUCCUCCUUCUGAAGUGGAAUAUUCAAUGUGCCAACGAACCCCUAACAAUUCAUCCACCAGUGUAGACACUUCAACAGAGUCUGCACUUGCAUACAAGCUUAAAACCGAAAGGGAACACAUAGGUGAUGAUUGCAUUCAUGCAAGGUUAAAUUCAGCAAGCAACAAUGAGAGGCAUAAGUGCACUGUAAACUUUAAGUCUUUUAAAUUUGCUUCAGAACUUGAACAUGGCUCUCUAACCCACACAGGAUUGACUUUCAAAGGUCCUGGCUGUGGUAUUACAUUCAGGCAGGGGGCUGUUUUGAAAAAUCAUCAAGUGAAGCAAACAGAACUGGGUGAUUUCAAGUACACUUUUCAGAAAGAAGAAUUUGAGAAUGUAGGUGAUUAUAUUGAUUCAGCUCAGGAAAAACAAGAUUUAAAAAUCCCAGCUAAACCUGAUAUCGAAUUCCAUGAAAAACAACCAGAGUUGCUUCCUGAAAAACCUGAAUUAGAGAAAAUAGAUGAACUUGAACUUAACAUUGUCAUAAAACCAGAAGACCCAGGUGAUUGCUGGCAAGCUAAUGAUACUGAUGGUGUUAUGGAAGUCACAACAUCUGAGCAAUGCUUAACAUCAAAACCUACUCAACAAAAACUUUUGUUCAACUCAUCUUCUGAAAAGCAAAGUAAUAAAAUUAGUAGUAAAGUUCAUCGGUGCAUUGUGUGCUUGAAAUGCUUUACCUCUCCUUACAAGCUUCAGAGACAUUUUCUAAUUCAUACAGGGCAGAGACCUUUUAAUUGUUUUGUUUGUGGCAAGAUGUUCAAGCAGCUGGACCAUUUAAAACUCCAUCAACAGACCCAUGCAAGACUGGAACCUUUACAUCCAUAUCAGUUAGAGGAUUUGAGGAGUGGCAGUGACUCUCUAGCUCAUCAACAAAACAGUACAGAAAAUAACUAUCUGGAGACUGUUGUUAGAUCUGACCUCUUUUUUCAAGUGUGUGAUGAGGAUAAACGUGGACAAUCUUUUAUCCGUACUGUUUCUGAGUUAGACAAAGAGAGACAUGUGAAUGGAUUCCACACAGAUGAAGCACUGGAAUGCUCUGAACAGAUGUCUCAAAAAGAUCUGCUUGGCACUGAGACAGUUAAAAAGCAUAAACUGCACCCGUGCUCCAUUUGUUUGAAAUGUUUUGAUUGUCCUUCCAAACUUCAGAGACAUUAUCUUACUCAUACUGGGCAGAAACCAUUUCGCUGCUUUGCUUGCGGUAAGGAAUUUAGGCAGGCAAUCCACUUAAAAGUGCAUCAGCGUACACAUAGUAAAUGGAGAACUUUUAAAAGUGCCUUUCAGCAGCAGAAGUUUUUGAAUGCAAGCAGCAUAAACGGCAGUGAACUGAACCACAGUAACCACAAAUCUUCUCAAGGAGGACUCUGCCCUGAUACAGUUUCAAAAUCUGGGGCUCUUCAAGACCAUAAUUUAAAGCAAUUGGGAAAAUUAACUGAGCCAGGCAGCUUCUUUGAAAUUGAAGACAAUGCUCAAAGUAACAGAAGAGUCUAUCAGUGCUCUAAAUGUUUAAAAUGCUUUAGUGCCCCAUCGCAACUGGAGAGACAUUACUUGAUCCAUACUGGGCAGAGACCUUUUGAAUGCCACAUAUGUAAGAGGGCAUUUAGGCAGUCUUCGCAUUUAAAAGCCCAUUACAGCACUCACAAAGCAUUGAAUUUAACCCAAGACCAAAACCACACCGAGAACAAAACAUCUGUGGAUGAGGGUGUGUCUGACUUUGUGUCUGAGGCUUAUAUCCCUCGAGACCUAAAAGUAAACCAAUUAAAGCAGCUCACUGAGGCCAUCGUCUCCUUAGAAUCUGACAGAGUUCAAACAAAUGGGCAUGUCUCAAGUGAAAGUGCAGCCAUUAUAUCCACAGACAAAAAGAACAGCUCCGCAGAACAAGAAUCCUCCCAACACUGUUCUAAUGGAGAUGGAAAAACCGUUAAGAGACGUAUCCAUCGGUGCAGUGUGUGUCUGAAAAGCUUUAAUUGCCCUUCUAAACUUCAGAGGCAUUAUCUUUCGCAUACUGGGCAGAAACCAUUUGAAUGCUAUGAUUGUGGUAGGAAAUUUAGACAGCUAACACAUCUAAAAAGACAUCAGCUAAGCCACACCAGUAGAAGAACUUUCAAAAGUUUUUUACAGCACAGGCGGCUUUGGAAUGCAAGCAGAGUUAACAGCCAAGCAAUUAAUCAAAAUGACCACGAUUCUCAGGGAGAUAUUAUAUCCCAGCCUGGUAUUCUUCAAGACCACAAUCUAAAACAAUCUGAAAUUACUGCCUCCUUAGAGUCUGAUGAACCAAAGACGGAAGAAUUAGCUCUUGGUUGUACCAGCAAGACUAACUUUGGGACCGAACAAAGGUCUCUUGCCCCCACUCCUGAUAAUCAAGAGCAUGUUCAGAGUAGUAAAAGGGUUUAUCAGUGCUCUAAAUGUUUAAAGUGCUUUGAUGCCCCAUCUCAACUAGAACGACACUAUCUGACUCACACUGGGCAAAGACCUUUUCAAUGUUCUAUUUGUUCUAAGACAUUUAGGCAGUUAUCGCAUUUAAAAACACAUCAGCACACCCACAGUGAUGUAAAGCCUGAGCAGAGCUUGUCUGGGUAUGAGGGAGUUGACACUGCUUCCCAAUUAUGUAUCCCUGAAGAGCAAAACCAGAACCAAACAGAGCAAGUAUCAGAAAUCCAUGUUCCUUUCGAGUUACGUGAUCGUUGUUCCAGUACCAAUGAAAUCUCAGAAUAUGGCAGAGAUAGUGAAUGUCUUCCAGCAGAGCCAGCACUUUACAUGCAACAGUCCAACUCUCAUGCAGGAGAAAACAAACCAAGUAAACGAAAAGUACAUCAAUGUUCUGUUUGUCCCAAGAGCUUCAAUUCCCCUUCUAAACUGGAAAGGCAUUUUCUUAUUCAUACUGGCCUGAAACCCUUCAAAUGUUAUUUAUGUGCCAAGUCAUUUAGGCAGCUUUGUCAUUUACAGAAUCAUCAGCACACCCAUACUGAAUGGAAAUUCUGUUCUGUUCAGCAGAUUGGUUUUGAGAAUAAGCAUUCCAACAACCAGACGCAUCAGUCAGAAAUGAAACCAUCCUCUGGACAGAUGAAUUCUGAUGCCCUUGUGUUUUCAACCGCCUCCCUUCAAGAGGAAGAACCAAAAGCAUCAGAGCAGCCAGAACCAGUUUCAGAGCCAGUUGAACUGGAUACAAAUCGGUCAUCACGUUGGAACGACACUUUUGAUGAGAAGGGUGUAUUAUUGAAUCAGAUUGUCGAAGAUCAUCUAGCCACAACAACUAAAAGCAAAGAAAAUGUCCAAAAGAACAAGAGGAUUCACCAGUGCUGUGAGUGUGAGAAAAGUUUUGCUUCCCCUUCCAAGCUUCAGAGACAUUACCUAAUCCAUGCUGGGGCAAAGCCUUUUGAGUGCCAUUUGUGCAACAAGACAUUUAGACAGGCUGCGCAUUUAAAAGUCCAUCAGAGAGUACAUGCAAAAUGGUUUGAUGGUACAAAUUCCUGUGAACAAACCGAGCUUGAGACUGUGGACUCUGCUAACAGUGAGGAUCAGACACAUAAUGUGCACCAGGCAUCUCUAUGUGAGGACAGUCCCAAAGUCACUUCACAGUAUUCUGUGAACAAGGUGCACGCAUCAGGGAAAUCAGAGAAAUCACCACAAAUUGAUUUUAUUUCUUGUCCUGAAAAUGUCUGGUGCGACUCCAGUCCGAGAGAACUAUUUAAGUGUUCAGUAUGCGGCAGUUUUUUUGUAACAGAAAAGAUGCUACAAGAACACUCGUGCACAUCGAAUAAUCAAGUAAAAGAAAAAAAUGCUAACAGAAACCUUUAUCAGUGUGCUAUAUGUUUCAAAAGUUUUGAUUCCCCUUCAAAGCUUAAAAGACAUUAUCUCAUUCAUACUGGACAGAGGCCCUUUCAGUGUUCUGUGUGUAACAAGACGUUUACACAGUCAUGUCAUUUAAAGACUCAUCAGCUAACUCAUUUCAAGUAAUGAAAUGAAACCGGUGUGUGUGGUUUUAAACAUACAUAGAACAGAGAUUGAAAUGGUGUUCUGUUGUUAUAGAGCUUGUUUAAGAAACAAGGUCAUACUGACUACUGAAGUGGUCAUGGUUGGGGAUGAUUUUUAUGUAAACCUAUAUUGUAUGCAGGAAUGAAUAGCAGUUAAAUACCCAUUCCGGUAUUUAAUAUGUGCUUGAUUACCCACAGUAUAUCAGUAAUAAACCCUGGUGUGUCUGAUUUAAGCAUAGUAAAACUGAGAAUGGAUCAAACCACAAUGCAGAGGUAGAUUUAAUUCCAUCCCAACUCCAUUGUCUAAUGUUUUAUAUUUUCCAAAGAUGUGAUUUUAUCUGCUUAAAUUUAGAAACGUGUUAACUUCAAUCAAGAAAACAAUACCUACCAGCAUUCCACUGUUUACAUUCCAUAUCCUAAUUAAUACAAUUUGUGACAUUUCUAUUCCUUAUAUAUUUUUGUUUGGCAGGAAGAGUACCUGAAUAUAUUUCUGAACCGCUAAAAUAUUCUUGCCCCUUGACAACUCUGUUCAGUGAUAUCCUCCAGUUUCUAUUCAAUGCUGUCUUCUAUGGACUCUUCAAAAUUUCUUGUAAAUCUCUAGGCAUUUAAUCAUGGCAUGCUUAGCAUCAUUGCCUUUGUUUUUUAUUCAGAUUUUAAAUCAUGUGUUUGUUUUAAAUGUAUGUACUUUAUGCAAAAGAGAAUACAACAGUGAUAUGUCUGUUAAUCCUGUACCCAUGCAUAGAUCUUCUGAAACGCUUCCUUCUGGCUAGUGCAUCUUCAGUCGCAUUUAUUUGUGUGUUUGUGGUGUGUUUUUUUGCGUCUAAAAGCAGAAUCACAUUUUGCUGUGGUCCAAAUUUACUUAAAAUAAAUGGCACAUUAAAACGUUAAUAACAUUAUAAGUGUAUUACAGUACAUUCUGAAUCUAGUUCCCCCUCCCAUAUGAGAAAUUAGAAAUGAGAAAAACGAGACACCAACUGUAUAUGCCAUUUUUCAAAGGGACAGUAUAUCAUUUUAAUGAAAUGAACAUUGGCCUGAACUUUCAAAUGGCAUAUCUAUAUAAUUUUGAUAAAAUAAUGAAAGUAAAAAAAGAGUCUAUCUGAUCUUAUUUGGAUACCAUAUUCAUCAGUUUUUAAGAUCCCCCAAAAUAUAAUUUUGGUCACUUUGCUUUUACAUAGUUAUCACCAUGCUCCUCUCUAAUUCUCACUGCAUUGUCUUAA